AUGAUUGAGGAUAACAUACAUGUAAUUAAAAAUGACCCUUUGAUUAUAGUAGAUAAGUUUCCUUAUACUAAAAAAAGAGAUGCUCUUCGCAUUAGUGAAGAUAAGGAAAAGAGGAAGAUUUGUCGUAUUUUCUUUUUAACUCAUUUUCAUGCUGAUCAUUAUACAAAUAUAAACAAGUAUUUUAAUGAGAAUGUAUUUUGUUCACAAAUUACCAAAAAAUUAUUAGUUAAUAUUAUUGAGGUCCAGGAUAAAUAUGUACAUAAUUUAAAAAUAAAUAAGAUAUAUUAUCUUUUUAAUUUUAAAGUUGCUUUUAUUGAUGCUAACCACUGUCCUGGAUCGGUUAUUAUUUAUUUUGAAUUUAAAAAUGGAACAAAAAUUAUACAUACAGGUGAUUUUAGGUAUUCAAAUAUUCAAACCUUUUUGAUCAAAAAAUUGUUAUCUUACAAUGAAGAUAUAUCUAUAUGUACUUAUAAAAAAAAUGGGAUGAUUAUAAAAGGUGAGCAAGAAGAUAUAAAUAGAGAAUUAAUAAAUGAAAAUAUAUAUAGAGAAGAAAAGAAAUUUGAUACAAAUCAAAAGAAUAUUAUUGAUUCGAAUGUGGAUUUAAAUUGUAUUAUAAUAAAAAAAGAAAAAGAAGAAAGUGAAUGUAAAAUUGGUGGUGAAAAUCAUAAUAGUUGUGAAGAUCAUCAUAGUGGUGAAGAAAAAAAAAAAGAAGAAAAUAUUUAUAUUCCUCUUUUGGGAACAAAUGAAAAGCAUAAUAUUUUACAUACGACUGAAAAUUUUUCUAUUUAUGAAAGUACUAACAAUUUUGUAAAUUUACAAGAAAUUAUAAAGAUAUAUUUAAAAACCGUUGAAGUGUUAUUAUUAAAUAUUCAUAAGAUAGAAAAGAAACAAUUUUAUAUGUAUGAUACCAUAAAAGAAGAUAAUUAUUUUAAUCAUUUUCUUUUUAUUGACUUAUGUUUAUAUUUUAAUCAAAAUGAAGAGGAUAUAUCUUUUUUUUUUGAUUAUAAAAAUUUGAACGAAAAGGGUAUAAUAUUAAACCCUGAGAAUAUACAAAAGAUACAUGUUAAGAAGAAUGAAGCUUUGAAAUGUGACAAAAAUGUAAAAGAUAGGGAGAAUAUAAAAAAGGAAGAAAAGCAUAUUAAUUCAAUAGAUCAAAUAAUAUAUGAUGAAUAUCAUAAUUUGGAAAAAAAUAUAUUACCUAAUAAAAUAAAAAGAGAGAAGAACAUCAUUUCCGAUUUGAAUUGUAUAUUAGAUGAAUCUCAAUACAAUAUGGAACAAAAAAAAAAAAAGAAAAGAAAUCAUGAGGAUUUUAAAGAACUUGUAAACAUUCAAAUGAAUGAUAAGAUAAAUGAAAAGGCAAAUAAAAUGAUCUCAGAAGAUACCAAUUAUAUAAAAACUAUAUAUCUUGACACAACAUAUGCUUUAUCAAAAAAUAAUUUAUUUGCUCCUCAAAUGUAUCUGAUAAAUUAUGUUAUUUAUGUAUGUAAAAAGAGAUUACUUUAUGAUGAAGAAAGGUCAUCAAGUAAUAUGGAAGGAAAUAAGUUAAUCCUAGAGGAAAAGAAGGAAACAGUCAAAAUUAAGAUAGAAAAAAAUAAAAAUGACAACAGCAACGGGAACAGCAACAACAACAAAAACAACAGUAACAGCAACAGCAACAGCAACAGCAACAACAACAACAACAACAAUAAUAAUAAUAGUAAUAGUUUUAUAAAUCAUAAACGGGGAAAUAUUAAACAAAAUGAUUGUGAUACCAAAUAUAUUAUAAAUAAUGAUACAAAAUAUAGUAAUAUUCAUAUGCAUGACAAGGUGAAUAAAUUAGAUUUGUUAACAAAUGAUAACGAAGGCAAAAAAGAAGAGAAGAAAAAAAAGAAAACUUUAUUUCUUUUUGGAACAUAUAAUUUGGGAAAAGAAAAAAUAUAUUUAUCUCUUUCUGAUGCUUGUAAUAUGAAAAUAUAUUAUAAGAAUGAGAAGAAAAGAAAAAUAAUUGAAUCAUUUUUAUAUAACAAACGUAUACUCAAUAAAAUAACAGAUAAUAAAUUAGAAGCACAAAUUCAUAUUGUUGAUAUUAAUUAUUCUUAUAUAUUUCCAAAAAUUGAUAAAAGGAAAUUUCUUAAUUUAAUAGAUGAAGAUAUAGAAAAAGAAUUCGAUUCUUUUUAUUAUAUUAUACCAACUGGAUGGGUAAAAAAAUUUUCAUUUUAUGAAAGAAAUAAUAUUUCCAUAUUUUUAAUUCCUUAUAGUGAACACUCAAAUUUAGAUGAGUUAAAAAAUUUUGUUAAAUCGAUAAAACCUUGUAAUAUAUUACCAACCGUAUUCUACAAUGAAAAAGAAAAAACAACAAUUCUGAAUAUAUUUAAUCCUUAUCUUAACUUAAAGAGAGAAGUAUUGAGCUUUUUUAAAAUCGAUGAAACAUAUGGUUCGAAAAAUAAUGAGGUAUCACCAAAUAAAAAAAAAAUGAAAGUAAACGAAAAGAAAGAUGUAUCCAAAGAAGACCUUUUGAAAAAUAUAAAACAGAAAAAACUUACAUCCUUCUUUCCCCUCACAAAAAGAGCAAACUCAUCGAACAUGUGA